GGCCCCUGACAGUCCUUGUGGCCCCCAACACCGUGUUGUCUUGGUGAGGAUUGAGGUGCCAAAUAUGAUGCCGCUGUUCUUCAAGAAACAGAAGCAGAGCGGGGAGGCCAGGAAACGCCUUGAGUAUCAGAUGUGCCUGGCCAAGGAGGCCGGAGCAGAUGACAUCUUGGACAUCUCAAAAUGUGAAUUAUCAGAGAUCCCAGAUGGUGCCUUCUCUAUGUGCCGAGUCCUUCAGAAGAAGGUUUUGAUUCUUCACAGCAACUUAUUAUCUCAGUUAGUGCCCAAGUCAUGCCAAAUCCUUGAUCUGGCUACCCUCAAGGUCCUCGACCUCCAUGACAACCAGAUUUCAUCUCUUCCUGCUGACAUUGGUCAGCUUACAUCUUUACGGGUGCUGAAUGUAGAGCGCAAUGCCCUUCGGGCGCUUCCUGACUCCAUAGGGGACCUCGUCCAACUUCAAACUCUCAAUGUAAAAGCAAAUAAACUGAAGGUUCUUCCACCAACAAUAGGAGGCCUACGAUGCCUCCGCACUUUGGACAUCAGAGAGAACAGAUUGACUGAGCUGCCCUCAGCUCUGGCCAAUGCUCACACCUUAGAGACCAUAUCCUUGGAUGCGGCAGUCAUGGUGUUUCCUCCAGUGUCAGUGUGCAGUGAGGGAACAGAAGCUAUUCAGCAAUUCCUGUGCAAGGAGCUUGGAAUCGAGUACUGCCCCCCAUCGCAGUACCUGCUCUCUGUGUUGGAGAAUAAUGUUUGUGAUGGAGGAACAGAUUCCAUAGAUGGAGCUUUUUUGACGGCCAUGAAGGAAGAGUGCGAAUGGCAGCACAAGUUUUCUGAAUAUGAGAAGAGAAAGGAACAAAAAAUGCUGGAAAAGCUGGAUUUCGAACGCCGCUUGGAAUUGGGCCAGAGAGAACAUGCUAAGCUCCUCUUGCAGAACAAUUCCCAUAAAGAUGAGAUCCUCCAGACAGUCAAAAAGGAACAAUCCAGGUUAGACAAGGGGUUUAAUGAACAUCACCGUCAGCUGCAGAAUGAGCGACUGAAGCUGCAGGAUCAGCUGAAGCAUAUGGAGAAGGGAAUAUCAUAUCGUAUCGCAAAUCUGCUGGAAGAAAACCGCAGACAGAAGCAAAGCUCUGCCAUCCUGAAGUCUCUGGAAGAUGAAAGGAUAAAAAUGGAGCACCUCAUGGCUAUCACACAGGAAGAGGCCGAAAACCUUCGACGGAAAGAAGUUGCUGCGGCAAUGCAGCAAAUGCUGGCAGAAAGUUACAAGAACAAGCUCCUGCAGGUGGCUUAUGAAGCGAGGCGCCAGGAGAUGGUUUACCAGACAUGUUCCAGCCUGGCAGAAAUGGACCACAAGCUCCAGCAAAUCCAGUCAUGGCAGCAGCUGGAUCAGAGUAAAGCCAUCAGCCAGAUCCUACAAGAGUCAGAAUUGCAGAAAGUUGCCUUCGAGGCCUUGCAGCUGAAGAAAGAUUUAAUGCAUCGGCAGAUACGGGAACAGAUAUUAUUAAUAGAAGCUGAGUUAUUGCAUCUGACUCAGCUGGAGGUAAAGAGGCAAGAGCUGGACACAGAGGCACUUCAGGAGAUCAUCUCGGAGCAGAGGAGAGCCCUGAGUGAACUGCUACAGCAGUUGCUGAAGGACAAGAAACAGAGGGAAGAAGAAUUAUUGGCUGUGCUGCUGGUGCUGGAUGCAAAAAGUGAGGCCAAGCAAGAGAACUACUGGUUGAUUCAAUAUCAGCGGUUAUUGAACCAGAAGCCGCUGUCCCUCAGGCUCCAGGAGGAAGGACUUGAAGAGGAACUGGUGAACCUUCUGAAAGACCUUUCUGCAGAGAAGUAUCUUCCUAUAUUUGCCCAUCACCGCUUCUCCUUAGAAAUGUUGGAGAAGAUGGUACCUGCUGACCUUAAGAAGAUUGGAGUGGAAGAAGUUGGCCUGCAGAUUUCCAUCAUUGAACGAGCCCAGCAGAUUCGCAGACACAGAAAGGAAGUGGGGAAAAAGACACCUACUCCAGAGCCUAGCAGUCCAGCCGCCAGCGGAGUAAGCCCAACAGCACCUACUGAGCUUUUACCUGAUGUGGCCAGCAGCAACUCAGAGUGUGUAGUCUGCAUGGAGCAAGAGGCUCAGUCGAUAUUCAUUCCCUGCGGGCACGUUUGUUGCUGCUCCAGCUGCGGAGAUGCCCUGCAGGCCUGCCCACUGUGCCGAAGCAAUAUUGCCCAGCGCAUCCGGAUCUACCACAGCACCUAAGAGAAGACUGAGGGGAGGCUGAGGUAGUCACGGCUGCUGGAUGUGAAAGCCAUGAAGGAGAAAUUUGGAGCUGCUGAGUAUUAAUCUGUGAUAUUUCCUGCUUACUGUGUGAAUUAUAGAUGAUAUAGACCAGUACUGUGUACAACCACCAAUCCCAUCAUUACUUGCC